GUGAAUUUCUGGCUUUUUAGAUAUAACUAUUUGAGGAAGAGAUGGGUAGAGGUAGGGAUAGGGAUAUUUCAAGGUCUAGGUCGAGGUCACCAGCAUAUAAGAGGAGAUAUUCACGGUCACCCUCGCCUGUGGUGCGCAGACAUAGCAGAAGAAGCAGGAGAGAUAGAAGCAGAUCCCCUUAUGCUUAUAGCAGGUGAUACCCAUUGGCAUAAAUUGAUUUAUGGAUUUGACAUAUAUGGAUUUUCUCCUUAUGUUAAUGUCUUUGGUUUGUAUGUUUUUUUUUUGUAUGUACAAGGAUUUGUUGUUUUAUUAUUCUAAUUAAGCUCACAUGUGUUUGCUGAUUCACUUACAGUUUGUUCAGGCAAUGUGUACGUGUUUGAUUCUUGAUAACUGUUGGUUUUUGUCUACCGUUUAUUGGAUGGACUUGCUGCGUUGAUCAAAAAGGAUUUAGGAUUUCGUAGUGACAACAUUGGUCUAAGAUGUGGUGGGAUUGAUGAUUGAUUAUUUUUGCUUGUAUUUUAAAGACUUCAAGAGGAAUUUUUAGUGACUGGUGCAUUUCUGUAGCACUAAGUUACGCCGAAUGAUAAAUAAGUUUCAGAACUUUAACCUUUCUUUUGAUAAAAUACCUCAAUUUUCAUUUCAUUUGGUCAAUUUCCAUCACUGGAUAUCUAGCUCUUUUUUUAAAGCGGGGAGAUUGGGGGUGCAGAUGUGUUUCGUGCUUCUGCUGCCGUAUUGACUUCAUUUUGUUCAGAUUGGUAUUUGCUCAUCAAAAUUCACUAGUCUUUUAUUUUAUGAGUUAGUGGAUAUCUACAAAAUCAAGUUAUGUACUUGUCGAAUUGACUUGUUGCUGCUACUAAGAGUUUUCAAUACCUGUCAUCACCAUAGUUAAAAAAUUUGUGGUUGUCGGUGUAAUAUGUUUUAUUGUAAGAUGAUUCUUGCGCUGUUCAGCUGCAAAAUUUUCGUCCUCGGUUGGAUUGCAAUUCCGACGAUAUGCAUGAUCCUAAUGAGUAGAGUAAUAAUAGAAACCUAAAUGUAAUACCCGGUGCAAACCUAUGUUCUUCAGUGAGAAAUUAAAAGAAGUAAUUGCUUCCCUUCAUGGGAAGCAAGCAGGUCAUGGGUGCCGGUGAGUGUCCAUUGGUUGCUCGAUUGUGAUAUUAGCUGUUCCUAUGAUAAAAGACGGAGCUCGAGUUUAUUCUUUGCAAUUCAUGAGAAAACGAAGUCGUUCAUUGUCCCCUAGGCGCCGCAAAAGUCGUUCUCCAGCCACCAGACGUCAUAAGAGUCGCUCUCCAAGGAACCAUAGGAGACAGAGAAGUAGGAGUACCUCAUUGUCUCCUAUUGGUAAAUCACCUGGUUCAAGUAUCGGAUCGAAGGAGCAAAAGGGUAUCAGUGAAAAAAAUAAACUUGAUGAAGAGGAGAAGAAAAGGCGUCAAGAGGAAGCAGAACUGAGAUUAAUAGAAGAAGAAACUGCAAAAAGAGUUGAAGAUGCAAUUAAGAGAAAAGUUGAUGAAAGCUUGAACAAGGAGGAGAUCAUGAUUGAAAUUCGAAGGCGAUUAGAAGAUGGUAGAAAGAAACUUGUGAAUGAAGUUGCUGCUCAACUUGAAAAAGAGAAGGAAUCUGCUCUUAUUGAGUCGAAACAAAAAGAGGAACAAGCUCGAAAAGAGAAAGAAGAGUUGGAAAGAAUGCUUGAAGAGAAGAGGCGAAAGGUGGAAGAAGCUCAGAGAAGAGAAGCUAUGGAGCAGCAAAUGAAAGAAGAACAGCGUUAUAGAGAACUGGAAGAGCUCCAGAGACAGAAAGAAGAGGCUUUGCGGAGGAAAAAACAACAAGAGGAGGAAGAGCGUGCAAAGCAAAUGAAAGUGUUGGGCAAGAACAAAUCCAGGCCUAAGUUGUCGUUUGCAUUGGGUUUGAAAUGACAAAUGACUUGCCUUGUCAUUUGAAUCACGGUCAUGAUCUUGCUGAUCACCAAAGAAGGCAAUUGGUUUUUCAUUUUGUUGGAUACUUCCUUUAUGUUGCUCCAUUUUUUGUGUAAUCUUAAGUACUUGCUGAGUAUAUUUCCUUGGUCGUAUGCACUGUUUGCAACUGAUGUAAUUUAGAGCCAACCAUUACUAGCAGUUGUGAUAUCGUUGUUGUUAUCAAUUGGGCUAGUUGUCUGCGUUU